AGUACCGGUCGUAAGUAAAGCCAAGUAAAGAGUUAGCGUGGAAAUCUGAGUAGUGUCAUUACUGCAGACCUUUUAUAAAGCGACAAUGGUUCGGGAGCAUCAUCCGAUAACUGCGUGCUGCCUGAUCCUGGCGGUGUCUGCGAUGGCAGCCGACCAUCAGGCUGGGACGGGCUUCAGCACAGCCCGCGACUCUGAAUUGGAUAAGCUGAAGGAGGUGGAUGGUUGGAUGGAUGUUUCUGCUCCUGUGGACCAGAGGAGCAUCACAGCUGAACCAGGAGAGACGGUCACACUCCCAUGCAGAGUUCCUCUCCCAGUCAAAGUUUUACAGUGGCACAGAAGUAACAGGACUGAAUAUGUCCUCAGCUUUCGCGAUGAGCAGUUUGAUCCAGAAGACCAAGAUCCAACUUUUGUCAACCGGGUGGAUCUGAAGGACAGAAAGAUGACAGAUGGAGACGCAUCUUUGAUUAUCAAGAAUAUAACAACCAGUGAUGCAGGAGUAUAUGAGUGCAGAGCCAUUCGGAGCACUGCAAACCGCAGGAGGAGAGAAAUUCCAGUCAUCGGGAUCGUCCACCUGGAUAUCACUCGCUCCGACAACAAACCUGAAGAUGAGAAGAUGGAAAGCAAGGGUGGACUGAAAGUGGGUGUUUCUGUUGUAGUUGGGAUGGUCAUCUUUGUUGCUGGAAUAGCUGGAAUUUGGAUCUAUAAAAGAUGCACAUCCCCUUCUCUUUGUUCUCAAGACACAGUGUAGAACAUUACACAGUUUUAAAAAAGUAAAUGAAUUCUGCUCUUCAGUCAUGACCCAUCUGAACGUGGGAGGGGAGGGAACGAGGAUGGAUGUGUUGGACUGGAGACUGAAUGCUGCCUCUGUGUGUCUGUUGGCUUCACUCUAAGCCUACACAGGAAGGACGACCAGUGCUGAGGUUAUGGGACUCACUUCUUUCUGUGAAGGACGUACAAGCUGGAGAAAAGAAAUGUGGAUGAGGCACUGACAAUUUCAGUUUCAAUCAGAAUCAAUUUACUGUCAUUACAUGUCACACAUGUAAUGAAAAGAACAAACAAAUCGAACAAACGGGAGAUAAAUGUCUGUGGCCUUGCAGCCAUGAGGCGCUGCCGCUUUACAAAGAUAAGAGGGGAAACAAGCAAACAAUAGGAUAGGUGAGGAGAAAAAAAAAUCAUCUCAUAUUUUGCCCCAUAAUGGGGCACAGUAUGAGGUUAAAAAACCUCUGCAUAGUAGU